GGCGCGGUAGUGAAACAAAAGGAAGUCAGCCAUUACUGCUAUUACAACCGCGGGAGUGAAUUUUAAAAUCUUACAGUAUAACACAUGAAAUUAUUAAAACAGCAUAUUCAGGAUUACUCUCACAACAACAUAUUUAAGAUCGAAAUGUCACAGAGGCCCUUUUGAUCGUCGAAAGACAAACUCAUGCACGCGCAGAGGGACAUCCCUCCAUUGGGGAGCAUUUGGGCCCCGUUGUGGCCCUAGUGGACGAUGUACCGUGCUGGCGAGAGGGACUAUCAGACAUCGGCGAGGAGAAUGGGAACCUCCCUGCUAUUCCAGUUGUCCGUCCACGAGCGGGAGUUGGACCUGGUCUUCCUUGACCACAGUUACGCCAAGCCAUGGAACGCACAUCCCGACGCCAGCAGCGCCCGGCCCACACGGAUGCUGUUCGUCACGCCUCGGCGACAGCCUGAAGGCACAGCUGAGUCUGAUAUAUCGGUGGAUGUGGAGUCAGUCACACCUACCGCAAUCCCACUCUAUGACAACGAAAAGGCACGGACCGUGAUGAACGAGUGUGAGCGGCACGUUCUGUUUGCCCGCACCGUUGCCGACGGACCCCCGCCACCCGAUGACUGGGAGGAACACAUCAACAAGGCCGGGUGGUCCAUGGCCCAGAACAAGCUCUUCAACAGGGUGCUGAAGGCUCUGCAGGCAGAGCGACUCGCCCGCCUAGCCAACGAGAGUGCCUGCAAUGAGCCGGUCCAGAGGAGGAUUGCCGUGGACAAGUGCGCCAGGAAGGUGCGGCACGCCCUGGCCAGCGUCAACUGGGACACCAAGCUGACGCAGUGGCUCCACAGCACCCUGGUGGAGUCCCUCAGCCUGGCCAUGCUGGCAGCCUACCUGGACGUGCUGCAGACCCUCAAGAGCAAGGUGCCCUCUCUGAUCGACCGGAUGCUGCUGACCUCCUCGGUGAAGACGGGCGCGGCCGGGUCGGAGGCGCUCUCUCUCCUGCUCAAGCGGCCCUGGGACCCAGCCGUCGGGGUGCUGUCCCACAACAAGCCGAGUAAACUUCCUGGAUCCCCUCUGAUCCUGAUUGCUCCAUCAGGACCGACCAACCCGACCCUCCCUACCUCACGCAGAAUGCGCUUCUGGCAGUCCCAGCUGUCCUGUCUGGGCAAGGUCGUCCCCAUCAACACGCACGUGGUGAGCAGCGGGGCCAAUGUAGGCAUCACUCAGUGCCUGGAGCACAUGAUCGGCGCUGUCAGAGGCAAGGUCAUGGAGGUCCACAGCCAUUUUCCCCACAAACCCAUCGUCCUGGUGGGCUGGAAUGCAGGGGCACUCAUCGCCUGCCAUGUCUCGCUCAUGGAGUAUCUGACCGCUGUGGUGUGCCUUGGCUUCCCACUGCAGACAGUCAAUGGACCCAGGGGGGACGUGGACGACCCGCUGCUGGACAUGAAGACGCCGGUGCUGUUCGUGGUGGGCCAGAACGCCCUGCAGUGCGGCACGGAGGCCAUGGAGGAGUUCCGCGAGAAGAUCCGCGCCGACAACAGCAUGGUGGUGGUGGGGGGAGCUGACGACAACCUCCGGAUCAACUCCACUAAGAUGAAAGGUGAAGGGCUGACACAGACCAUGGUGGAUCGAUGCAUUCAGGAUGAGAUCGCGGACUUCCUGACGGGCGUCCUGACGCGAGCCGACGGUCACGGCCACGGCUCGGGGGAGAUGCGGGACCUCGACACGGAGAAGAAGAAGAAGCCGCGCCGCGAGCUGCCCUUUGACCUGGACCGGCCCCGGCCCUCCUCCCCGUCGGUGCGGGUGCCCAUCUCGCCCUCGGGGUCAGAGGUCAGUUAUCCUCCCGUGGCUCAACAGCACACCUGCACAACUCGUCAAGCUGCACACGUAGUCCUUUCACUUCAGGACAUGUCCAGCGUGUGCAGCAGCCCGACGUCCAGCCCCAAGCCCAAGACCACGGGCCUGUCCCCCGCGCAGAAGUCCAGCCUCAUCACGGCCACCCAGCUGCUCAAGACCCACAUGCAGCGAUCCGGGACGGUGCUCACACACAAGCAGGCACAAGCUCAGUUUGCAGCUUAUUUGAAACAAAACAUGCUUGUGAGGAAAACCCUUCCUCCUGGCACCCCUUCCUGUCUCUUCGUCCCAGUGUCCAGCGAGCCGUCGGAGAGUCUGGAGCGCGACGAGCAGAUGCGGCUGCACCUGAAGCGGCGGCAGACGCCCAGCCCCACGCCCGCCAAGGCCUCCAAGCGCGCCAAGAUCAAAGUCACCAUUGUUUCCCACGGCGACGCGGGGGGCGCCAGCAUCAGCUCGGCCGCUCAGGAAGUGGGCUCGUCGGGCAAGCCGCUCGCCAUAGCCAUGGGCCAGACCGUGUCGGGCGCGAAGGAACUCUCCGGUCUGCUCACCGCACAAAGGUCUGGCCUGGCGGAAGUUUCCGGUUCCAGUUUCCACAACAUCCAGAGCUGCUCGUCCUCGCCUGUCCAGGCAGCUGCUCCUGCCACCAGCCAGGCUCCCUCCGCCAGUAGUCUGCUCCAGGGCCUGAGUUUCAGUCUGCAAGAGAUUGUGACCAAGUCCCCCAGCCUUCCCUCCACGGCGCCCAGUGUGGCCAGUGGGACACAGGUCACCAGCGGAAAGCCCCAGGUGUUGGGGUCUCUGGGCGCGGCGGGCGGUGGCACUCUGGUGCGGGCAGUGCCCGUGGUCUCCACAGGGUCCGGCAUCAGCAAGACCACGGCCAUCCACCAGCUCCUCACCAACGGCGGUCUGGCCAAGCUGGCGAGUAGUCUGCCGGGCCUGGCGCAGGUCUCCAACCAGGCCGCCGCCGCCGCUGGGCUGAAGGCCCCCACCACCAUCACUGUGACGCUGCGGGGCCAGCCCAGUAGAGUGGCUCCUCUCGGCCAGACUGCAGUCACUCCACCCCCAGCCAGACCCCCUGACAACAAGUGACAGACUCAAGCGCUAGCAUGCGUCCACUGAUGCUGACGUGCAGUCACCCUUCGGAUCAUCUCACAGGACCAGCUGAAAGACAAGAGAGCAGGGACAAACGGCUCUUCGUCUGUUCAGCCUGUUGCUAACAUUGCCGUGUGUAGGCUGUGUCCGAGCUUCGACCAGGACGCUACCCUGAAGCGAUCUCGCAGGAGGUGGAGGCAUCCUAACCUCCACUCCUUCCUGUUCAUCUCAAGACCCAAAGAAAGGCCAGUUGGUCCUCACGCUGCCUCUUGGGCCUAGCUUUCCAAGUACGCUUCAUCAUGCUUUAUCAACAGCUCUCUAAGGGUCUCUCCACAGACUCUGCUUUAUGUUGGUGGCGGCUCUGAUAAGAGUGACGCCUGUUUGUAAGCCUAAGCCUUUUGAUUGCAAGACCUUUUCCGUUGCACUGUAUGACUCUUGUAACCAUUCGUUUUAUUUGAUGUUUUUCUGUAUGUUGACUUAAAACUUGACUAAUCAAUGUGAAACAAAUGGCUCGUAAUGCUUCUCUGGCUCCAUACGAAGGCUUAUCUCAUUAACUUCAGUUGAACCCCAGAGUGAGAAAGAGAUUGAUGCCUGCAUUCAUUAACUGCUACUGCCUCUACUAUGGAAACUUAAAGGAAUCAAUUAUUGAAGAAAUCGAAGGCAGAGGGUUUAACCUUGAAUCAAAGCGAAGUUUUGAAAGGCACACUGCUGCUUUUGCCAGUACAUAUUGAUCUAGGCCUUGCAAACCCAAAAAAUCCCUGUCAAUAAUCGGGGCAUGUUUGGAUAGAAGCCACAAGAACACAGUCCCCAAUGAUCUUUUUCUUUGAAAUAGAUGCAUGUCCCUUGAUACCAUGGUUUGUCCAGCAGCUGUCCUUGGAGUUGAAUGGCUAUGGGCUAAUGUCCCACUCCAUGCAUUGACCUUCAAAGUGCCUCUGUAUAAAUUCUUUGGAACAUCCUGUUACACAAAAUUAAUCCAAAUAAUCUUUAUUUUUGAACGCCCAACAGGCUGAUUUUUGUUUUGAAAAAAAAAUUACCUGACAAGUCUACAGGUAAUGAAACAGCCCGCUAUGAUGAGCUAAGAUUAUUUCAAGAAUGUCAUGGUUUAGCCUUGGGUGACACAAAACUCCAAAUUCAGUUCAGGCUUUCCAGCAGUAAAGAUCAAAGAAUCAAACUUAAUGAGUUGAUGAAGUCGCUGCAUUAAUGUGGUGUCAUUUGAGCGUCAAAUUAACUUUUCAUAUUUAAAUUCUGUCUUAGAGCAGGGUUCUGUUUCUGUUUUUUUUUAUUUAUUUUUUUUUAAAGGAAACAGGUACAGUCUUAAUUAGCUCUAAACAUUAAGGAAGUUCAAGGGAAAUGCAUGUAUUUAAUCAUGCAAAGUGUGUGUUGGACUUUAAAAGCCAGAAAUGCCUCCGGCCAUACUCGUAGGUCUUACACUCUCACCACUGCAAAAUAAUCACCCUGCCCAUCUUACAUAUUAAUAGCGUAUGGUUGCAAGUCUGUGUAACUAUCAGGCUGCAUAACAAGCCAUGGGAACAUAAAACGACAUUCCUGUGUGUUCUGUCAGCUAAGACUGUAUUCACUUUUCAGUUGUUGCAAAACUCUUCAAUCCUGUUUUGAAUUCUACUGGUUAAGUUUUGAAUUGGGGGUCUCUAAAUCAGUUUAGUUCAGUGACAAACGUGGGUAAGGUAUGAAGUUUGAGCAAGAGGUUAACCUCCUAAUUGAAGGCCCCUAUUGCUUUGUUUUACUAUCAAAACAAAGACAUAGGUCUCUUCUUAUGGGGAGUUUACCACUUAUGCUGAUUUAACAUACCCAGGUCUAUCACUACCAUGUACUAACCCUUACUCUAUACUUAGAAUUACCCUGUUUUGUAUACCACUGGCUAAGUUUUGUACUGGCGUAGUGUCUUUCCACAUAAUUGAUUAAGCUUUGUGCUUAGUUUCAUGAUUUUGUUUGUUUGUGUGUUGGCCUUGAAAGACUAUGGAUACAGUGGUUGUUACUGUUAAAUAUACUGUACAGGGAUUCCUGUUCCAUGUUAUCAACUGUGUCCCCAGCAAAAUAUGUUAAAUUGGCAAUAAAACUGCUUUUGAAUGAUGAAA